ACAAACGCAGAGUCGCAAAGCAUCUCGGUCAGGUUUCGUGCGGGUUUCGGUAUGGUGAGCGUUCUGUUUUGAGUCUGUUUUGUUUACACUCGUGGAACUAGCCUACCGCUUUCCAGCAGCUUUACUUCACACCGAACUUUCAAUCGGGUGACUUUUUAAACUGUUCGAGUUUUGCUGCACGACACAAAAUGUCGUGACUUGGACUCGCCGGAUCUACCAAGAUCUCCGCUGAACGCAUCGGAUCUUGCGUCCAUACUGAGUCCUACUUGGGCAAGGUGGUGUGCGCUCGGGGUCCCUUGUACGGUCUCCGGAGAUGAACUUCACGGAGGCCUGGAGCGAUACCUGUUCGACGGUGGGCGUCGCGGCAAGGACCGGUAACCUGACUCAGCUUCUGCAUCUCAUCGAAAGCGGGAGGCCCGUCGACGUUCACGACAACCGUGGAUGGCGCCCGCUGCACGAAGCCGCGGCGUCGGGCAGCAAUCUCGAAGUCCUCGACGUGCUCCUCAAACACAGUGAGACGGACGUCAACUGGCAGACGUACGAGGGCGAGACAGCGCUGCUUCUUGCCUGCAAACGGCUCAAUGGGAAGCCUCUCCUCAACACUGUCAACCUCCUGCUAAGCCACACUGCCGACGUCAACAUCACUGACUAUGAGGGGGAUUCGCCGCUUCUGGCUGCCACGCGGUCAUCGCAGACGGAGGUGGUGCAACUGCUGCUGUGCGUGGGAGGCGCCGACGUGAACGUGGGCGACUGCGGCCACUGGUACCCGCUCCACGAGGCGGCGUCCCGGGGCGACCUCCCGACGCUCCAGUGCCUGGUGGCGCACGGUCGCCAGGCCAGGCUGGGGGUGCGGGACGAGUGCCGCAUGACGCCCCUCUUCGCUGCCGCCCAGCAGGGCCAGCUGGCCUGUCUCCAGUUCCUCCUGGACACUGCCAAGGACAGAGGUCAAGAGACCCUGGUGGACAGGGGUGCGGAAGACAAGGCAACACCCUUCAUGAUAGCGGUGCAGAAAGGACACCUUGACUGUGCCACCCUCCUGCUGAAGUAUGGUGCCGACCCCAACCGCAGGACCACCGACAACAUCACUGCCCUGCACUUGGCUGUACAGUCCAAAACCGCCGACUGCCUGCGGCUCCUGCUGGCCCAGAUGGACUUGAAGAAGGUGAUAGACGGCUGCCUGCUGCCCUUCCAGAGAAGAGAAGCUGGCACCACACCGUCCUCCGAGGAGCCCAUGAUUUCCCCGCUUCACCUCGCCGUCGAAUGGCGCAGCUACGAGUGCUUGCGGGAGCUGCUCAGAGCUGGGUUCCCAGUGGAUGAGCUGCUCCUUCCUGUGACGCUGCCAUCGCAGCGCCUGCCUGUCAACGCAGCGCCGCGCUGCGAGACGGCGCUCUCUUACGCCGUUUUCAAGCAGGACCUCACCUCCAUGGAGAUCCUGCUGGACGAGGGGGCCAGCCCAGAUGCCAUCCUCCCGGAAGCCAUCAGCCCCGUCCUUUCUGCGCUCAUCAGCCCGACAGGGAGGGAGCUGCGGCUGCUGUUUGCCCGCGGCGCCCGGCUCAACUACGAACGUUCCCAGGGUUGCCCGAGCAACGAGUGCCUCCUGGUGACCCUCAACGACUAUGGGUCCUUCGUGAGGGUACUCAGGCUCGGGCUCGACCCCAGGCUCUGUCUUGGAGGGGACGCGGACACUGAAGGAACCUCGUCCUCCAUCUUCCUCAACUGCCUGUUCCACCCAGCAGAGAGCCAGGAGCACAUCCUCGCCGUGUUCAAAACGCUGCGCAUGUUCCUCAAGAGUCCCACAUCCAUGAAGGACCUGACUGUGUCCGGUUAUCGUAGGGCCGCAGCAUUCUACGGGUCGGCCCUGCAGGCCGACGCUUGGGAGCCGCUGCUGAACAGCCUUGAGCAACCACUUCCAUUAACAUUUCAGUGCCGCGUCAGCAUGAGGAAUCAUCUCAUGCGCGUCCACGGACACUUUUUCGAGGAGGUCAUUCCCAAGAUGGUGGUCCCACAGUCCAUCCUGGACUUUGUCUUGUACAGCGAGUGCGGACCGGUGGACAUGUGGACCGCCUCGGGAUGAUGACUGAGCACUCCUGCUGCAUUUGCUGCCCACUCUGCCAUUCUUUUGCUCGUCACACAAUAGCCUCAUUUAUUUAUUUGUGUGUAAAAGUAUUCUUGUAUACCCAUGUAUAUAAUAAAUAUUUGAAACUGUUGA